AUGGGGUUACAAGGAACCCGCCUUGGCGCCUUUCGGGCGUACUUCUUUGGAUUCUUCAUCUGUACGGCGGGUUUCCUAUUUGGGUAUGACACUGGAAUUGUCGGUGGUAUUCUGGAGUUUCAGUCUUAUGUUGAUGAUUUCGGCUACAAGGAUCAGACCACCGUCAGUGCGGUGAUGGUCAGCUUGCAAAAUGUCGGCGCUUUCUUAUCUGCAUUGAGUGUCUUCUGGGUCUCCGAAAAGUACGGGAGGAAGAAGACAGUGCAGGCAGCCAUGACGGUUUUCUGCAUCGGUGUUAUUCUGCAGGUCGUACCGUCACACUCCCUCGUCUGUUUUUACAUCGGGCGAUUUGUGGCUGGUCUCGGUCUUGGUGCGGGCACCGCAGUUGUCCCGGCUUAUAACGCCGAGAUGGCACCCAAGGAAAUUCGCGGAAAGCUAGGUUCGGGCAUGCAGUGGCUCUUCGCGCUGGGUGUUAUGUUGAGUUAUUGGAUUGACUAUGGUGUCAAGAUCGGACUUCCCGUGUCUUCGAAGCAAUGGCAAAUUCCCGUUGGUCUUCAAAUGGUUCCAGCUGGAGUCCUGGCAUUGGGUCUAUUCGCCAUGCCCGAGAGUACGCGUUGGUUGGCCAAGAAGGGUCGUUUUGAUGAAGCAUUUGAGAGCCUGAAAUGGAUCCGAGCUAGCGAUGGCCCAGAAGUCAAGGCAGAAUUUGCCGAAAUUCGAGUUGGGCUCGAGGAGGAGUUGAGAGCCACCGAAGGGUUCCAGACGCGCGAGCUCCUCGAACCUGCCAAUCGCUACAGAUUAGCCCUUGCCUUUUUCAUGUUCUGCGGCCAGCAGUGCACGGGUAUGACUGCGCUCGCAUACUUCGGUCCUCAAUUCUUCAAAUUGAUUGUUGGUGAUAACACGGACCAGUCGCUGCUCAUCACUGGUUUGUUCGGCGCCGAGAAAUUUAUCACCGUCGGCACCUAUAUUUUGUUCUUCUCCGAGAUGUGGGGACGGAAGCCGACACUUUGGAUUUCGGCUCUGCUGAUGGCAGGCUGCUUCAUCAUCGUGACUGUCGUCAAAGAGACUACACCAGCACCAGAUUCCAAGGCUACCCCCGCUGGUAUUGGAAUGGUAGCGAUGAUCUUCCUGACAAACUCGAUCUAUCAAUUCAGCUGGGGUCCAUUGCCGUGGCCAUACACCGCCGAGAUCUUCCCCACUCGAAUCCGCGCAGUUGGAACCUCCGUCGCUGUGUCAACACAGUGGCUCUUCAACUUCCUUUUCUCCUUGGUGACUCGCUACAUGAUGAACGCAUGGGGCAGCUACGUCUUCUUGUUCUACGCCGCGCUCGACAUCAUCAUGGCGAUUAUUGUCUUCUUCUUCGUCAAAGAGACCAAAGGAAAAAGUCUCGAAGAGAUGGAAAGCAUCUUCAACAGUAGGGCUGCAUUUGAUGUCGAUGCUGUUCGACGGGAGACGCUCAAGGACAUGGAUGAAGUGAGUGUACAUAACAAGUCUAUGGACUACCCUUGA